AUGGCAGAGCUGCCAGUGUCGGAGACGCCCAGGGACCCCACUCUGUGCAGUGGGCGCUUCACCAUCAGCACGUUGCUGGGGGGCGAAGAACCCCCCCCACCGGCCGCCUUUGACAGCAGCCACCCCAGCCACCUGACGCACGGCAACACCUUCUACAAUCGCACCUUUGGCUACAACACUAUUGAUGUGGUGCCCGCCUACGAGCACUAUGCCAACAGCGCCCUGCCUGGCGAGCCCCGGAAGGUCCGGCCCACACUGGCCGACCUGCACUCCUUCCUCAAGCAGGAAGGCAGCCACCUGCAUGCCCUCGCCUUUGACAGCCGGCCCAGCCAUGAGAUGACUGAUGGGCUGGUGGAGGAUGAGGCAGGUACCAAUGGCGAGAAGAACCCUGAGGAGCCUGUGCGCUUUGGCUGGGUCAAAGGGGUGAUGAUCCGCUGCAUGCUCAAUAUCUGGGGUGUGAUUCUCUACCUGCGGCUCCCCUGGAUUACCGCCCAGGCGGGCAUUGUCCUGACCUGGAUCAUCAUCCUGCUCUCGGUCACCGUGACCUCCAUCACGGGCCUCUCCAUCUCUGCCAUCUCCACCAACGGCAAGGUCAAGUCAGGUGGCACCUACUUCCUCAUCUCCCGGAGUCUCGGCCCAGAGCUCGGCGGCUCCAUCGGCCUCAUUUUUGCUUUCGCCAACGCCGUGGGCGUGGCCAUGCACACUGUGGGCUUCGCAGAGACUGUGCGGGACCUGCUCCAGGAGUAUGGCUCGCCCAUCGUGGACCCCACCAAUGACAUCCGCAUCAUCGGCGUGGUCACCGUCACUGUUCUGCUGGCCAUCUCCCUUGCUGGCAUGGAGUGGGAGUCCAAGGCCCAGGUGCUCUUCUUCCUCGUCAUCAUGGUCUCGUUUGCCAACUACCUGGUGGGGACGCUGAUCCCCCCAUCUGAGGAGAAGGCCUCCAAAGGCUUCUUCAGCUACCGAGCGGACAUUUUUGUCCAAAACUUGGUGCCUGAAUGGAGAGGCAUGGAUGGCAGCUUCUUCGGGAUGUUUUCCAUCUUCUUCCCCUCGGCCACAGGUAUCCUGGCAGGAGCCAACAUCUCUGGGGACCUCAAGGACCCUGCCGUAGCCAUCCCCAAGGGCACGCUCAUGGCCAUUUUCUGGACCACCGUCUCCUACCUGGCCAUCUCGGCCACCAUCGGCUCCUGUGUGGUUCGAGAUGCCUCCGGGGGGCUAAAUGACACGGUGACCCCCGGCUCAGGCGCCUGCGAGGGGCUGGCCUGUGGCUACGGCUGGAACUUCACCGAGUGCAGUCAGCGCCACAGCUGCCGCUACGGCCUCAUCAACUACUACCAGACUAUGAGCAUGGUAUCAGGCUUCGCGCCCCUGAUCACAGCCGGCAUCUUUGGGGCCACCCUCUCCUCUGCCCUGGCCUGUCUCGUCUCUGCCGCCAAAGUCUUCCAGUGCCUGUGCCUGGACCAGCUGUACCCGCUGAUCGGCUUCUUCGGCAAAGGCUACGGCAAGAACAAUGAGCCGGUGCGUGGCUACCUGCUGGCCUAUGCCAUCGCCGUGGCCUUCAUCAUCAUCGCUGAGCUCAACACCAUCGCCCCCAUCAUCUCCAACUUCUUCCUCUGCUCCUAUGCCCUCAUCAACUUCAGCUGCUUCCACGCCUCCAUCACCAACUCGCCCGGGUGGAGACCCUCGUUCCGAUACUACAGCAAGUGGGCAGCGCUGUUUGGGGCGAUCAUCUCCGUGGUCAUCAUGUUCCUGCUCACCUGGUGGGCAGCCCUCAUCGCCAUCGGUGUGGUCCUCUUCCUCCUGCUCUAUGUGAUCUACAAGAAGCCAGAGGUGAACUGGGGCUCCUCGGUACAGGCGGGCUCCUACAACCUGGCCCUGAGCUACUCUGUGGGUCUCAACGAGGUGGAGGACCACAUCAAGAACUACCGCCCCCAGUGCCUGGUGCUCACGGGGCCCCCCAACUUCCGCCCGGCCCUCGUGGACUUUGUGGGCACCUUCACCCGGAACCUCAGCCUGAUGAUCUGCGGCCACGUGCUCAUGGGCGCCCGCAAACAGAGGAUGCCUGAGCUCCGGCUCAUCGCCAGCGGGCACACCAAGUGGCUGAACAAGAGGAAGAUCAAGGCCUUCUACUCCGACGUCCUCGCCGAGGACCUCCGCAGUGGCGUCCAGGUUCUCAUGCAGGCUGCAGGUCUCGGGAGGAUGAAGCCCAACAUUCUGGUGGUCGGGUUCAAGAAGAACUGGCAGUCGGCUCACCCAGCCACGGUGGAGGACUACAUUGGCAUCCUGCACGACGCUUUUGAUUUCAACUACGGUGUAUGUGUCAUGAGGAUGCGGGAGGGCCUCAACAUCUCGGAGGUGAUGCAGGCACACAUUAACCCUGUGUUUGACCCAGCAGAGGACAGCAAGGAAGCCAGAGCCGGCGGGGCCCAGCUGUCUGUCUCUGGCACAGCGGACCCCGAGGCCUUGGUGCAGGAGGAGCAGGCCAGCACCGUCUUCCAGUCGGAGCAGGGCAAGAAGACCAUCGACAUCUACUGGCUGUUCGACGACGGAGGCCUCACCCUCCUCAUCCCCUAUCUCCUCGGCCGCAAGAAGAGAUGGAGCAAAUGCAGAAUCCGCGUGUUCGUGGGGGGCCAGAUCAACAGGAUGGACCAGGAGAGAAAGGCGAUCAUUUCUCUGCUGAGCAAGUUCCGGUUGGGAUUCCACGAAGUUCAUGUCCUUCCCGACAUCAACCAGAAGCCACGGGCCGAGCACAUCAAGCGCUUUGAGGACAUGAUUGCACCCUUCCGCCUGAAUGAUGGCUUCAAGGACGAGGCCACAGUCACUGAGAUGAGGCGUGACUGCCCCUGGAAGAUCUCAGAUGAGGAGAUUAACAAGAAUAGGAUCAAGUCCCUGCGGCAGGUGAGGCUGAACGAGAUUCUGCUGGAUUACUCACGGGACGCCGCUCUGGUUGUCAUCACCCUGCCCAUAGGGAGGAAGGGGAAGUGCCCGAGCUCACUCUACAUGGCCUGGCUGGAGACGCUGUCCCAGGACCUCAGACCUCCUGUCAUCCUGAUCCGAGGAAACCAGGAGAACGUGCUCACCUUUUACUGCCAGUAG